AUGCAAUCCAGUGAGAUGACUCCCCAAUUUCAAGAAUUCAAUCCACAGACAACAUGUUUCAGUGGUAACUCAACUUCUGAUGAAGCAGAUGAGCAACAAAUAAAUAUAAUAAAUGAGAGGAAGCAAAGAAGAAUGAUAUCUAACCGAGAAUCUGCACGAAGAUCACGUAUGCGCAAACAAAAGCACAUGGACGAGCUUUGGUCACAGGUAAUCUGGCUUCAGAAUGAGAAUCGACAACUCAUAGACACGCUGAACCAUGUCUCGGCGAACCUUGAUCGAGUCCUCCAGGAAAAUUCUCAACUCAAAGAAGAAGCUUCAGAGCUUCGCCAAAUGCUUACUGACAUGCGUCUCAAUAGUCCCUUUCCUAGCCUGAGAGAUCUUGAUGACGAUCCAUUGCCUUAA